ACUCAGUUCUUCAGGGAAGGUUCCUGCGAAGCGAGGCGGCCUGAGCGGCGGUUCGGGGAGAGGAGGGGGAGCGCCUGUCCGCCCCCUCCUCCCCGGGCGGGAUGGUGCGUCCCGUUCCUUGGGAGGGAGGGGCGGCGGGCGCGGCACCUCCCCGCUCAGUGACACACGCACCCGGCGCUGGCGAGACGCGGCGGCGGAGGCUGCGCUCGGGAGUCGUGGCGGCGGCUGGCCGGCAGCGGAGCCUCUAGCAUGGCCGGGGUCCCUGAGGCGGCCACUCCGCCACUCCCCGCGCCGCCCGGUCGCCCCUUUCCCUCCUCGCUCGCCUGGCGUCGCCGGCGCCGCUGCUGCUGCUGCCGCCGCCUGGCCAUGCCCGCCUUGCCGGGCUUGCUGUCGCUGGGCUUGCUCCUCUCCCGCGUCUGCUGCGGUGCCUUAGCUGGACCAAUCGUUGAUCCACAUGUGAAAGCAGUAUAUGGGAAGGAUGUUACACUGAAAUGCAUAAUUGAUAUAAAUGAAACAUUAACACAAAUUACAUGGGAGAAGAUACAUGGAAAGAGUGCACAGACUAUUGCUGUUCAUCAUCCUGAAUAUGGAUUUUCCGUUCAAGGAGAAUAUCAAGGAAGAGUAUCACUUAAAAAUAACUCGCUUACAGAUGCAUCAAUCAUCUUAACAAAUGUUACUUUCUCUGAUUCUGGAGAAUAUGUAUGCAAAGCAGUUACAUUCCCUCUAGGAAACUCCCAGUCAUCAACAACUGUAGCUGUAUUGGUUGAACCAGUUGUGAGCCUAAUGAAGGGACCAAAUGCUUUAAUAGAUGGUGGCAAUCAGACAGUUGCAGCCAUUUGCACAGCAGCUACUGGAAAACCAGCUGCAGAUGUUACCUGGGAGGGAGGUCUUGGUGAAAUGGAAUCCACUUCAACUUCAUAUCCAAAUGAAACAGUGACAGUUGAGAGUCAGUACAAGCUUGUCCCCACCAGGUUUGCUAGAGGAAGACGUAUCUCUUGUGUUGUGCGACAUCCAGCUUUGGAAAAGGAGAUAAGACAUUCUUACGUGCUAGAUAUUCAAUACUCCCCUGAAGUUACAGUUACUGGGUAUGAUGGAAACUGGUAUAUUGGACGAGAGAAUGUUUUACUCAGGUGUAACGCUGAUGCAAAUCCUCUCCCAAUGGAGUUCACAUGGAGUCGGUUGGAUGGGCAAUGGCCUGAAGGUUUACAGCCUUUAAACAAUACACUGCAUUUUCUCAGCCCAUUGACUUACAAUUAUACUGGAACUUAUGUUUGUAAAGUAGCCAAUUCUCUUGGCCAAAGAAGUGAUCAAAAGACUAUCUACAUACUAGAUCCUCCUCCUACUACCACAUCACCACCCACGAUUCCAUGGCUUUCUCCAACUGAUGGCAUCACAGGUUUAACAACACAACCAAAACUAAUAUUUUUUUCAACAUCACCAUGGCCAGAAAUGCAGGAAGACAAUUGGGGCACCAUCAUCGGUAGUGCAGUGGGCGGGGCUCUUUUCCUGAUACUUGUAAGUGUCUUGGUUGGCGCUGUCUGGUAUAGGAGAAGGAGGACGUUCCGUGGUGACUACUUCGCAAAGAACUACAUUCCACCAUCUGAUAUGCAAAAGGAAUCUCAGAUAGAUACUCUCCAGGUAGAUGAUGUGGAUUCUUACCCUGACAGUGUGAAAAAAGAAACAAAACAUCCAGUGAACAGUCUCAUAACUAAAGACUACUUGGGAGAACCUGAAAAAACAGACUGGAAUAAUGUAGACACUAUAAACAGGUACCAGGAAAGGUAUGAAAGACCUAUGGAUUACUAUGAAGGUGGAACACUAGGAAUGAAAUACUUGAGUGACGAAUGUUACGAUGAAAAUGAAGAUGACUUAGUUUCACAUGUAGAUGGUUCUGUAAUAUCUCGAAAGGAGUGGUAUGUGUAAGGGCCACUUUCAAAUCUUGACAGUACAUAAAAGCCCUUUCAUUAGCUGAUCACUUUCAGAUUGUUUAUACUUUUUUCUUGAAGAAUAAGCUUUUUGAAGUUGAUUUUCAAGCUUUUUAUAUUCUAACUUGACAAAUGAAAUGUAAAACCUCGUUUAAAUGUAUUGAAGCUGCUUUAUGAUUUUUUUCAAUGCUGUACUACUGUCUUUCAAAAGAUCUGAAUUUUAAAAUAGUGCUUUAUUUGGCCUAUAGCACAAGUUAAAGAUCAAAGUGCUAAGUGGAAAAAAACCCAUGAAAUUGUUAUAAAGAAUUUGAAAUGAAGCAACUGUCUUUCCUUGUGACUACAAGCUUGUGAUCAAGAAUUAUCUUGAUGCAUCAUUUUGAGCUAUAUAUUUGAGUAAAAAGCAACAUGAAACUGAUUCUCAUAUAGAGCUGAUCUAAGGCACAUUUUGUUUACAUAAGGUAAUUUUUACAAUAUGAAAUAUUCUGAUGGCACAGUUUUUUCAAAGCUUUAUUUUUAGGCUUUCUGCACAGAAUUGAAUACCUCUACAUUUUUGAGACUUGCCAUAAUUAGAUUCUGUAGUGGGUGUGAUACCUCUUACAGGUUACUUGUUGCACUGAACCUGUUGCAAAUAGACUUUCAAUGAACAGUCUUGCAACAUUAUCACUAUCUAUAUUUGUACACUGCAUUUUAAUUCCAAACACUGGAAUAUUAGAUUCCAAACACUUCAGCUGCAUUUCGGAAGAAUUCUUUCCAAAAGGUUGAUUAAAUGUUGCUUCAAUAAAAAUGGCUCAUCUUAACUAAAAUAAAGAAGUAAUAUUCAGAAAAUGUUAGGUUUCCCUAUGCACUCUUCAGAAUGUUAAUUAAGCACAAAGCUAUAAAUACAUUCAGUUAAAACACAGAUGCAACUUCUAUAUUUGAGUGAAGAUGCAUUUUAAGAGAAUAAAAUCAGCUUUUCACAGACCUUUGUGGAAUUACAAGGAGUGUGUGGGCUGUAUAAAGAAACAUUAACCAAGGAGUAUAAAAGUUUUAAAUGCAAAGGCAACCUUACGUUCGCUGUUUUUUUAAAAGCAUGUAUAAUUCUGAAAAAACUGCCUAUUUUGAGGUGAAAGCAUGAAAAGGUGUGGCAAGACACACAAAUGUCAGCUUAAAGUGAAGCAAUACCAGCUAAUUCUAUGUAAUGUAUAGAGAGGGUUUUUGAAAAAAAUAAUGCUGUUUGAAAAGAAAUAUAAUAGUGUACAGAGAACAACUUACUGCAGAAGGAAGGAAUUGAAUUGGAGACAGAAGCAACAACUGUUUGUAAGAAAGGGUGUUGCUUUCUCUGAAAUCUGGCAUAGGAUAUGGGACAAUUCUGCUGUUUAACAACACUUGAAAGUUGUGAAAAAAUGCAGUUUGUACAGAGACUUCAGCAUCAUUAGAGGAACUCCGUGGACAUUAUAGUUUGAAGUUUAGAAGCAAGCCCCAUUGACAUGAGUGGGCUUGGCAAACAUGCUCAAAACUAAAAAUAGUUUGGUUUCAAUAAAUUAUCCAAAUUCAGAAUCUUUGCAAAUGGAAUAUUAUAUUAAUUUGGCAGUCUAAUUGGUGAUGUGCAUUCUUGGGUAAUGCUUUGUAGCAACUAUUUCCAAGUAUAUAUCUGUGAGUAAUAUAAAAUCAUUACAAAAUGAUUACAGUAUUUUUGAGCUUUUCAGUGAAUACAGUAUCUGUAUUAAGGUGCAGUUUGACAGUACACUGUGACUUGGUUGCUAUGUCUUCAAACAUGUGACUGCAGUUUAGUAUUUAUAAAUAUAUGAAACUAGUUUUCUAUACAUCUCUAUCACAUUGAUAAUUCAAGUGGUAACAUUACUUUACUUGACCAAAGUCUCUUUUCAAUACAUUAGGAAGUGAAAUUAUCAAACCAUGCUUGCCUGUGAACUCGAACGAGUUACUAUAAUUACUUUAUGGAUCUAGUCCAUCCCUAGCUAAUGUAAACUUACUUCAGUGAACUUACGGCCAGGCCUUAAGCUAACAGCAGGUCCUAACUCUUGUGUGUGUUUGUUUUUUAUUAUCUUUUUAAAAGAUAGCUCGUGGUCUUAGGAACAUCUCCAUUGUAAACAAUAGUGGCAUACUUCAUGUAAGCCCCCAAACACUUUCUUGUAACACUCAAAUUUGGAAGUGAGUACCUAAUGCUCUUUGUUCUUUAUCUUAAGUUUGUUAAAAUUUAUCAAGAAUUUCACAGUUAAAUAUGAAGAGGUUCAUAAUAGGGUUAAGAUGUUAAGUGUUGCAGUGUUUCUUACCUAAUGUAUGUUUGGUGUAAAUAGAGAAAUGAUUGUAAGUAUGAAUUAGCUGUUGUGUGAAAUAAAUCUUUUGUUAAAUUAA